AAAUAACAAAAUUUUAUUGGGGAUCUCGACGGUUGGUCGGCUCGCGUCUCCUCAACUGCCUAUAAAUAGCAGUCUUUCACCAUUUUAUUUCCAUUCCUACUGUCUUUUAUUCUCUGCCUUGAUCAUAAGCGAUUUGGAGAAGGCUUUUGAUUACAGGUUAUUAGUUGAGGUUUGCUUUUAUACUUGAAAAUGCAGAUUUUUGUGAAAACUCUUACUGGCAAAACCAUCACUCUAGAAGUUGAGAGCUCAGACACUAUUGACAAUGUUAAAGCUAAGAUCCAAGACAAGGAAGGCAUUCCCCCAGACCAGCAGAGGCUUAUAUUUGCUGGAAAGCAGCUUGAGGAUGGACGAACCCUUGCGGAUUACAACAUCCAAAAGGAAUCCACACUCCACCUGGUUCUCCGUCUCAGGGGAGGAAUGCAAAUCUUUGUUAAAACCCUGACCGGAAAGACCAUUACUCUUGAAGUGGAAAGCUCAGACACAAUCGACAAUGUGAAGGCAAAGAUUCAAGACAAGGAGGGAAUUCCCCCUGACCAGCAAAGGCUCAUUUUUGCCGGAAAACAACUUGAAGAUGGUAGAACAUUAGCUGAUUAUAACAUUCAAAAGGAAUCUACACUCCAUCUUGUGCUCCGGCUGAGGGGAGGUAUGCAGAUCUUUGUUAAAACCCUAACUGGGAAGACCAUCACUUUAGAAGUUGAGAGCUCUGACACCAUUGAUAAUGUCAAGGCCAAGAUCCAGGAUAAGGAAGGCAUCCCACCAGACCAGCAGAGGCUUAUCUUUGCGGGAAAGCAGCUUGAGGACGGACGGACCCUUGCUGAUUACAACAUCCAAAAGGAAUCCACCCUGCACCUUGUCCUCCGUCUUAGGGGAGGAAUGCAAAUCUUUGUUAAAACCCUUACUGGAAAAACCAUUACCCUUGAAGUGGAGAGCUCAGACACUAUUGACAAUGUGAAGAGCAAGAUUCAGGACAAGGAGGGUAUUCCCCCUGACCAGCAAAGGCUCAUCUUUGCUGGAAAACAACUUGAAGAUGGUAGAACUUUGGCUGAUUAUAACAUUCAGAAGGAGUCCACUCUCCAUCUUGUGCUUCGUCUGAGGGGAGGAAUGCAAAUCUUUGUCAAAACACUUACUGGGAAAACUAUCACACUAGAAGUUGAAAGCUCUGACACUAUUGAUAAUGUGAAAGCCAAGAUCCAGGAUAAGGAAGGUAUUCCACCAGAUCAGCAGAGGCUUAUAUUUGCCGGGAAGCAGCUUGAGGAUGGGCGGACCUUAGCGGAUUACAACAUCCAAAAGGAGUCCACACUCCAUUUAGUUCUCCGUCUGAGGGGAGGUAUGCAAAUCUUUGUUAAAACUCUAACUGGAAAGACCAUUACUCUUGAAGUGGAAAGCUCAGACACUAUCGACAAUGUGAAGGCCAAGAUUCAAGACAAGGAGGGAAUUCCCCCAGACCAGCAGAGGCUCAUCUUUGCUGGAAAACAGCUUGAAGAUGGUAGAACAUUGGCUGAUUAUAACAUUCAGAAGGAAUCCACGCUUCAUCUUGUGCUCCGCUUGAGGGGAGGUAUGCAAAUCUUUGUCAAAACUCUUACUGGAAAGACCAUCACCCUAGAAGUUGAGAGCUCUGACACCAUUGAUAAUGUUAAGGCGAAAAUCCAGGACAAGGAAGGCAUUCCCCCAGACCAGCAGAGACUUAUUUUUGCUGGAAAGCAGCUUGAGGAUGGACGAACCCUUGCGGACUACAACAUCCAAAAGGAAUCCACACUCCACCUGGUUCUCCGUCUCAGGGGAGGGAUGCAAAUCUUUGUUAAAACCCUGACUGGAAAGACCAUUACCCUUGAAGUGGAAAGUUCUGACACAAUCGACAAUGUUAAGGCAAAGAUUCAAGACAAGGAGGGAAUUCCCCCUGACCAGCAAAGGCUCAUUUUUGCUGGAAAACAGCUUGAAGAUGGUAGAACAUUAGCUGAUUAUAACAUUCAGAAGGAAUCUACACUUCAUCUUGUGCUCCGGUUGAGGGGAGGUAUGCAGAUAUUUGUUAAAACCCUAACUGGGAAGACCAUCACUUUAGAAGUCGAGAGCUCUGAUACCAUUGAUAAUGUCAAGGCCAAGAUCCAGGAUAAGGAAGGCAUCCCACCAGACCAGCAGAGGCUUAUCUUUGCGGGAAAGCAGCUCGAGGAUGGACGGACCCUUGCUGAUUACAACAUCCAAAAGGAAUCCACACUGCACCUUGUCCUCCGUCUUAGGGGGGGAAUGCAAAUCUUUGUUAAAACCCUGACUGGAAAGACAAUUACCCUUGAAGUGGAGAGCUCAGACACUAUAGACAAUGUGAAGGCCAAGAUUCAGGACAAGGAGGGUAUUCCCCCUGACCAGCAAAGGCUCAUCUUUGCUGGAAAACAACUUGAAGAUGGUAGAACUUUAGCUGAUUAUAACAUUCAGAAGGAAUCCACUCUCCAUCUUGUGCUUCGUCUGAGGGGAGGAAUGCAAAUCUUUGUCAAAACGCUCACUGGGAAGACUAUCACACUAGAAGUCGAGAGCUCUGACACCAUUGAUAAUGUGAAAGCCAAGAUCCAGGAUAAGGAAGGUAUUCCACCAGAUCAGCAGAGGCUUAUAUUUGCCGGGAAACAGCUUGAGGAUGGACGGACCUUAGCGGAUUACAACAUCCAAAAGGAGUCCACACUCCAUUUAGUUCUCCGUCUGAGGGGAGGUAUGCAAAUCUUUGUUAAAACUCUAACUGGAAAGACCAUUACUCUUGAAGUGGAAAGCUCAGACACUAUCGACAAUGUGAAGGCCAAGAUUCAAGACAAGGAGGGAAUUCCCCCAGACCAGCAGAGGCUCAUCUUUGCUGGAAAACAGCUUGAAGAUGGUAGAACAUUGGCUGAUUAUAAUAUUCAGAAGGAAUCCACCCUUCAUCUUGUGCUCCGUUUGAGGGGAGGGAUGCAAAUCUUUGUCAAAACCCUUACUGGAAAGACCAUCACUCUUGAAGUGGAAAGCUCAGACACUAUCGACAAUGUGAAGGCCAAGAUUCAAGACAAGGAGGGAAUCCCCCCAGACCAGCAGAGGCUCAUCUUUGCUGGAAAACAGCUUGAAGAUGGUAGAACAUUGGCUGAUUAUAAUAUUCAGAAGGAAUCCACCCUUCAUCUUGUGCUCCGUUUGAGGGGAGGCAUGCAAAUCUUUGUCAAAACCCUUACUGGAAAGACCAUCACUCUUGAAGUGGAAAGCUCAGACACUAUCGACAAUGUGAAGGCAAAGAUUCAAGACAAGGAGGGAAUUCCCCCAGACCAGCAGAGGCUCAUCUUUGCUGGAAAACAGCUUGAAGAUGGUAGGACAUUGGCUGAUUAUAACAUUCAGAAGGAAUCCACCCUUCACCUUGUGCUCCGUUUGAGGGGAGGUAUGCAAAUAUUUGUCAAAACCCUUACUGGAAAGACUAUCACCCUAGAAGUUGAGAGCUCGGACACCAUUGAUAAUGUGAAGGCGAAAAUCCAGGACAAGGAAGGCAUUCCUCCAGACCAGCAGAGGCUGAUCUUCGCAGGAAAACAACUUGAAGAUGGUCGUACUCUGGCGGAUUAUAAUAUUCAGAAAGAGUCAACCCUACACCUUGUUCUUCGUCUUCGUGGUGGAUUUUAGAUUGUGAUAUGGUCUGGUUGUGUAGUGGCCUCGUUGAACUCUGUCAGUGGUCUAGAUAAACUUUACUUAUGGACUCUGUGUGUUUCUUGUUUUGACUUUAAAGUUCUAACUUUUUUUGUGUCAUGGUCUCAUAUAUUCCUUUCUUACUACUAGUUAAGUCUGUAGAAGUCAGAACUAGUGUCCCAGCCAUUCUAAAGUAAGACAUGGUUAUUAAAUAAAAACUUUUAAAUGGAAUCCGUGUGUUUUAUUUUCAA